CGGUACAUAGUACUUAUAUUUAAUACAUCUUUAUACAUAGUAUUUAUCUGUCCACGUUCAUAGAACAUUCACUGAACCCUGGAUUCCAACAAUCUUCAGUUGUCAUGACGAUAGCUGCCAUUAGCAUGUCUGCCGUCGGUAUCACUAGCGCGCAGCAGAACCAGGCCGCCUAUUCCAGCGUCUCGAUGUGAGCAACCCAGCGGCCACUGCCUUGUGCGUAACUUUUCAAAUGACGGCAACAUGGGUGUAUGGUACUCGCCUGAGUACAUACGCACGAUUGUCCAGAAGAACAGCAAUAUGGCUACUUUCCGCAGCGACAUAGAAAACACAAUUCACGCUGUUGUUCACAUCCACAUAGGUGGCAACAUGGGCGCAGCUCACAGCCCCAACGACUGGGCCUUCAUGCUCCACUACGCCAACGUGGAUUGUCUGUGGUGGCAGCGGCAGCAGCUCGACAACCAUCUGUGGACCAUGGAUGGACCCAACCACGAUGGCGCAGCCACCACCCUCAGCAUCGACCUUAUUUACUUUGAUGAGCCCACCCCCAUCCUCCAGACCUCACCAAAGAAUGGACCAGGAUGCACAACUACGAUCCUGCCGAGGUUGGGCGUGCCUAGAAUGAUGCGCGCGCCUUUGCUGGCGACAUGGCCAAGCCUCUUCUAG